AUCAAACUGCAUAACGGGUUCAUAACUUCCGGACGCGCGGCUAAAGGCAGGACCGAGGGGGUGUCUGCUUAUACACCUCUGGCUUCCAUCGUAGGCGCAUUCAGCGGCCGCUCGGGUCUUGAUGGAAUUGUCAAAACGUUCAGCAUCAAAAGAGAUGACGUCGAUUGUCUGUUCCAGACUCCGGUCUGGUGUUUUCGACAACAGCGUGUGCCGGCAGUGCACCAAGCGCGCCCUCCUGAAAGGAGGAGCCGAACGGCCUGUCCCGAACUACCCCGCGAGGUUCUUUACCAGGUCAACACAACCGCGCAACACCACCCCCCUACGGACCGGCUACUUUGUGUCGAACGGCCUCUUGGCUCGAUUCAAUGGCACCAAUGUAGCUCCGACAGCAUCGACGCCCGAUGUGACCGACACAAGCACCUUGCUUCCCCACCGGAGGCGGCAAGCCGAAAGACGAAAUGCCGCCGUCCUGGCCGGAGCCGGAUCGGGCGGCUCAUCUGCUACCAGCGAUGCCCCGACGGCAACAAUGGCGCCCGACGCCUCGUCCCUUCUCGCUGCCGCAGCAGCCCAACAUCCAGCCGAUUCCCUCCGACGAAAGCUAUCAUCUCUACUGUCACUCUCGAAACCGCGGUUGACAGUCUUGGUUGUUCUCUCGGCCAUGGUCCCCUACGCUUUAUACCCCGUCCCGGCCUUUCUCUCCACAGCCGCGACUGCCACACCCUCCCUCUCACCAUUAACCCUCCUCUUCCUCACAACCGGCACAACCCUCUGCUCAGCAGCCGCCAACGCGCUCAACAUGCUCUACGAGCCAGACACCGACGCCAAAAUGUCCCGCACACGAGCGAGACCGCUGGUCAGGAGGUUACUAACCACCAAAGCGGCCGUCUUGUUCGCCGUCGGCUGCGGCGCAGCAGGCACACUGGCUCUCUACUGGGGCGUCAACCCUACCGUUGCCUUCCUCGGCGCGAGCAACAUUGCCAUCUACGCCGGCAUGUACACCCCGUUAAAACGGCUUUCCGUGCUCAACACAUGGGUAGGCGCCAUUGUAGGCGGUAUCCCACCUCUGAUGGGCUGGGCUGCCGCUGCGGGUGAGAGCGCGACGGCCGAUGGGACGUGGAGGGAGCUCCUCUUUGCGAGCGAUGGCUCCAGCUUGGGAGGGUGGCUGUUUGCCAGUUUAUUGUUUGCUUGGCAGUUUCCGCACUUUAUGCCGCUGUCGUGGGGCAUCAGGGAGGAGUACAAGGCUGCCGGGUUGAGGAUGCUGGCCUGGACGAACCCGGCGAGGAAUUCGAGGGUUGCGCUGAGGUACAGCUUGGUGUUUAUUCCUAUUUGUCUUGGGCUCUGCGCGGCUGGGGUGACGGAGUGGAGUUUUGCUGUCACGAGCGCGCCGGUCAACUUGUGGCUUGUUGCCGAGGCGGUUAAGUUUUGGAGGCAUGAGGGGCACAAGGGGAGUGCGAAGGGGUUGUUUUGGGCGAGUGUGUGGCAUUUGCCUGUUGUGAUGGUGUUGGCAUUGGCGCAGAAGAAGGGGAUGUGGGGCAGGGUGUGGAGGAGUGUGAUGGGGGAACCCGAGGAGGAUGAACUGGAAGAGUUUUACGAUGAGGAGGAGGAGUAG